GAGCUUUUUCAGUUUUCAUUUUUCAAUCGAGAAACGCGAACGAUCAGAAAAUGCAAAUGGCGUAUGGCAGGAAUACGUAGUGAUUUUCAGUGCUGGCAAAGUUUUCUUGCUUUAGUAUGUUCUACGCGAUGUAUUAGCGGGAAAUUUGAUCGUGCUUCAAAAGUUAAAGUGCUUAGGGUUUUCGAAAUACUGGAGUAUUAAACCGAAGUACGUAUUUUCAUGUGUAAAACUUGUCGCCUUUUGCAGCAAACUGUUUCUAUGAAUCAAGUGAAAAAAAAUUGUGGACGCUGCGAAAAUCGCGGUUGGUGGAUGAAAUUAGGCUUUUUCGGUUCAUCGCGUUAAUUUGGAAUGAGAUCAUAACAAACUGUUUAGCGAAAUUAAGCGCUAUAUUGAAAAAUAAGCGGCUUCGUUGAUCGAAGGGAAUAAAAUUCGCGCUUUAAAGUCGCGAGCAAGAAACGCGUCCGCUCUCUAUACUGUGCUGUUGUCGAGUUGCAGAAGUUUUAUGAAAAUGAACGAUAUCAGCACAAACAAUAAGGAAACAGUUCUUCCGGCCCCGUCCGCCUGGGAACAGCUAACUAAUCCCGCUUUGGCCGAGCAACAUCAACAGCAACAACAACAGCAGCAACAACAACAACAACAACAACAACUUCAACUACAACAACAUCAACCCUCUCCCCAACCGCUUCAUCAGCAACAUGCAAUUCCUCAACACCAUCAAAUGCAUCAUGCCCAUCAUCUGCAAGGGCAAUCAUCCCCGCAUCCAUCGUCACAACAUCCGCUUACUCCGCAGCAACAUCACUCACUUCCGAACCAAACACCUCUGCAUCAAGCAAUGAGUCCUACGUCCAGCGUGGCACCAAUGACUCCAACCAAAACCACUCCGCCGGAUGUGUCCCACACACCACAAACUGCACCCGGUCCAAACCAGACUACUGGACCAAGUUACUCCGAAGAACUACUUCCUGAGCUUGUCAAUCAGGGUUGGCGCAAAUUCUGGUCCAAAAGGGAGGGACGUCCGUAUUUUUGGAAUAAACUAACCGGUGAGUCUCUUUGGGAGCCCCCGAUGCUGAAUCGGAGCAAUCAACAGUUUGAUCCUUUAACGGACCCCCUGGGCAUUUGCCACACUGGUCAGAAUGGUCCAGUGCCACAACAGAAUAAUAAUGCACUCAAACGAAGAGCCUCGGAAGAUGUGCAAAAUCAUAACCAGCAGCAGCAACAGCAUGGAACUGGGGGUCCUCCUCCACUCAAAAAGUAUGUCUUGCCUGGUCCAUGGGAUUUGGAAAUUCCUACUAACGUUGUAAUGUACGAUCGCAUUCCAACAAUGUAUCCACAGCCGAAUCCGGAAGUGGAAGCCAUGCGUGGUGUUUUAACGGUUCGUCUUUACAAAACCUACGAAGAUCUAUGUACCAAACGCGAAUCUAUCAACCCUCCCGCUGGGUCGUUUAAUCGCUGGCUGAUGGAACGAAAAAUAAUUGACCGAGGCUACGAUCCUAUGCUGCCUAGUGUGUGCCAGCCAGAAAUCUCACAGCAAAUGUACAGAGAAAUCAUUCGGGAUAUUCCGAUCAAAAUCGUAAAACCAAAGUUCACCGGUGAUGCACGAAAGCAGCUGUCGCGAUACUGUGAUGCCGCAAAAAAAAUUGUUGAACGACGAUCCGCUUCAGUUGAGAGUAAGAAAGUUGUAAAGUGGAACGCAGAGGAAACGUACGAAUGGCUGCGGAAGACAGUUGGAGCAAGUUACGAAGAUUUUCAAGAUAGGUUGACUCAUCUGAGACGACAGUGCGAACCGCAUAUUAUCAGCACAGUUAGGAACAGUGUCGAACAGCUUUGUACAAAAAUCUAUCAUUUAUCUGCCCAGCACUGUAAAGCGAUUCGUGAUCGACAUAGUCAAAUUUUAAAGGAAAAUGGUAUUCAGGAAUUGACACAACCCUUGCAACCACCGUUAAUGCGGAAGGUGUGGUGCUAUCCGGUUCAGUUUGCCAUCCCAUCACCUAGAAUGCCCCAGAUUGAUUACAACACCGAUCGGGAACACAUGACGAUUAAAUACACGCACGCUUCUCUUUCAGGACCGGAUACGCAUACCAUUAAUAGUUCGCAUUUGCAGAAAUUGGAGCAAUUGUAUCGGUUCAACUGUUUCGAUGACAAAAAAUUUGACUUCUUCAUCGGGCGGGUGUACUGCAUGCUGAAGCGCUAUUCUACAUUCUUGUGCAAUGCCAACUCCAACCAACAGGAACCGGAGUUGACUCAAUCGGCACUUCCCGCGAUUGUUUUCGAGUGUCUUCAUCAACAUUUUGGCGUCACGUUCGAGUGCUUUGCCAGCCCGUUAAACUGCUACUUCCGGCAGUAUUGUUCGGCAUUUGGGGAUACGGAUUCAUACUUCGGUUCGAGGGGUUCAUUUCUUGAGUUCAAACCGGUAUCCGGUUCGUUUCAGGUCAACCCACCUUACUGUGAGGAGUUAAUCGAUGCUAUGCUACGGCACAUCGACCGGUUGCUGACGGAUUCGGUGGAUCCGUUAAGUUUUAUCGUGUUCCUGCAAGAGUGGAAGGAACCGGCGUUACAAUGUCUCUCGAAAAUUGAGGAUAGUCAUUUCAAACGUAAACAAGUUGUAGUAAUGGGUAUGGAACAUGAAUACCGCCAUGGACUGCAGCACUGUAUACCAAAAUCGGAUGUAAAUUUUAAAAGCAUUCAUGGUACAAUGGUCGUAUGGUUGCAGAAUAACGCAGGUUUCCAGCGCUGGGGACCAACAGAGGCUCGUGUGGAUGCCCUGCUGGAAGCAUUCCGUCCGGGUCGUGAACGAGAACGUGACAAAGUCGUACCUGCAAGUGCCGGCACUCCGGUUUCGGCAAGCAGUCCACCUGAAACUACUGGUAUUGCCAACAGUGAACCCGGUUCUACCACACCGAAAACAUCGCAAACUCCAACCACUUAGAGCAUGUCUUUACUCGAUAGUAAAGUAAUUUCAUGUGUUAUAACCAGCAACAGACAAAUAGACUAACGUAGAUGACAAACUAUCAAUAAUCAACCAGUUUCACCCAGUUUUUCUCCGCACAUAAAUACAUUCUAACAAUGAUAAAAAUCUAGCAAAAAUACGGAAAAUAGCUUUCAAAUUAUGACAUGAAACGGUAGAGUUUGGCCCAUAAUCCUUUUCGAAGGAACCAGGACUUUUAACAUACAUACAGUCAGCUAUUGUGCAUAUUUUAAUCAAUUGUAUAGCGAAAUUAAAAAGUGAAAUCCUUUUUUGCCUAUCACUGAAGAGAUGGCAAACAAAACUGUAGUUGUACUAUUUGUUGUUGAUUCUUUUUAAAUUGAGUCGCGUAUGGCGCCGUAUUAUCGUGCGCCGAAGCUGUUAGGGUACUCUCUUCUAACGAUACACUAAGUUAGUGCUAUGGCUAAGCUAACAGUACAUCUAUAUUCUAGAAAAAUUGAGAUACGCGUAAAAAACGGUACGGUAAAUGAGUAAAAUCAAAGUUGAAACAAGCAGAUGUUCAGUCCAGAGUAUGUAGUUUUCUUUCCGAUGGGAAGGAACGAUAAAAAAAGUCCUGAAUGUUGCAAUUUGUUAUUUGUUUUCAAAACAUUUGUGGAGAUUUUUUUUAUAUUAUUUUAAAAACUUUAUUUUAUAUUAAAAUGUAAAUAAAAGCGUAUAUUUUUACUAUUAACAACGACCAACACAAACGUGUGCGUUGUGGUUGAUAAUAUAAAAAUGCGACCAAGUGAACCCUCUAUAGAGCUAAUUGAUUGUAAAACGAAAAGAUGUUCGCAUAUUUCCUUGUUUUCCAACUUCAGGAAUUAAUUUCUAAUGGUUUUUCAAUGUAGUAUAUCUCACUGAUACAUAAUUUGAUGUACAAAUUGAAAUCAUAAUAAUGGGCACAUUAUUCAAAUGUUACGAAAAUAAAGGAAAAUCUGAAAUGUCUCAGUUAAACUUA